AUUUAGAAAAAGAAUUUAAAAAACUUUGGGAUGAUAAUCCUCGACCACCUUUUGAAUUUGAUAUUGGAAGCAUAAUAAAAGAUUUUGUAUUAUUGACAUUUUUUGUUGGUAAUGAUUUCAUAACGGGAUUCCACAAUUUUAAUAUUAAAUAUAAAGGACUUGAUCUGGCCAUCCAUAUUUAUAAAGAAGUGUUAAAAGAUUGUGAUAAUUACAUUAAUAAUGGGGGAAUAUUGAAUAAAAAAGAUCUUGAAAAGAUUUUUAUGAAAUUAAGCAUUAUUGAAGAAUAUGAACAUAAUGGAAAUUAUUUAGAAUUAUAUAAGAACAUUCAAGAAAAAUCUACUAAAGUAACAAAAAAGAAUGAAGCAGAAUUUCAGAAAUGGAAAAGUAAUUAUUAUCGGAAUCAUGAUCGAGAAAGUUUAAUUCAAUCGUAUAUUGAAGG